AUAACAGACAAAGUAAUAUGUACGAAAAAAAAUGAUCGACGUUCAUUUAACGUAUAAUUUACGAUGUCAAUAAUUUACACAUUUCUUAAACAGAAAAAAUGAUCACUUGUUUUUGAGUCAUUUUAAUGCUACAUUUUUCAAGCUAGUUUUGAUCUAAUCUUUAUCGUUUGUAACAUGCAUCUAUCUAGUUUCAAUUUUACGUCAGUUAUUUUUUUCAAAUAUUGAACCUUUCUGUAAAUGCGUAGUUAGUUAAAUAUUACAUAAGUAUUGUAAUCGCAAAAUUGAAGUUUUAAAAUACUUAUCGAAAAUAGUAACAUUAUCACAAAUAAAUAAUCGCACAGUAAAAUAUCGACAGUAGUAUACAUGUAUCAACAAUAUUCGAAUAGUGAAACGAAAAAUUUGCAUAUUUGAUGAAAUUCAAUCGUGACAAUUGCUACAGUUUCAUGUAUCAUCACUUUUAGUUUUGUGUGAUAUUCUGGUGCUUUCAAUUAGAAAAGCUUGAUUUACGCGAAUGGAAUAUGUUUUGAUUAACAUUGUUACAAUUUUUAAAUUGUUAUGCCACAGUAAUUUUUCUUUUAAUUUUCAAGACUUUUAGUUAUGGAAAAUGUAAUCAAAUUUGAGAUAAUUCAAAUUCUUUGUAGAAAUAAUAGCGUUGUACAAGAAAUCAAGAAAAAAAAAGUAUUAAAAGUCAAUAAUUUUAAUUAUCAAAUUAAAUUCGCUAUGAUUCCAAUUUUCAUAAUAUUUUUAAAAUUAAGCUUCGAAUUAUAAUUAUAAUAUUAUAAAUAUAUAAUUAUAUAAAUAUAAUAUUAAAUAUAAUAAAAAAUUCAGGAAGAAAAUGCAUUACUGGCUCUGAGCAAACCCAGACCGCGACGGCCAUGCGAGUGUUAACCUUGUUCUUGGCCUACUUUGUCAGUAACGAUGCAGGGGAGCAAGCUCGAUAUUUCCAAGGGAUGAUACGCGAAUUAUAGAACGAAUUCUCUCCACAAAACGUUUUACCACGUUGCUCUCCAUUAUAUUCUAUUAACGCUUCUCUUUAAAUUCCAAAACAUAUAACGUACAAGAUUAAAUAAUGAAACGUCCCGUAACGUAAAAAGAAAGAUGCAAACACCGUGCGUAAAUAUCGAAAUAGUGCAGUUAGUUUGUGUGACGUAAGAUAAAAAAACCGUGCAAAAGAAGUUUAUGAAUUGCAAGAAGUGCUGUAAAAUAAAUUUAUUAAAAAAUACAUUCAACCCUGAUUUCCCUACAUGUGCGAUGUUUUACACACGAUGAAUACGAUUACUUGAAAAAAUUUCAUUCGUAUACAUUUAAGAUAAAUCUAAUUUAAUUGUAUCGGUUAAGUAUCUACUGCUAGCUACUAAUCAUAAUCACUACUUUUGAACUGCAAGUUUGUUUUACUAAGCUUCAAAUAUACAUUGAUAUUGUUGAUGCAGUUCUAUGUAGAUAUGAUAGACAAAACCAAAAGUUGUCGUAUGUUAGUGUAUUGCUUAAUAUUAAGGUGAAUGCAUAUACGUAUCAAGAUGGCAAUGGGAAGUAUUAUUUGUGGAGCCAACACUCCUAAAAUGAAGAGAAAAAAGGCAAAGGUAACUGAACGCAGUUGGAUAGAGGCAACUUUUCAAAAAAGAGAAUGCUCAAAAUUUAUUCCAAGUGCUGACGAUGAACACAAGUUUAUGCAAGUAAAGGGAGAUAAGAAUGCAGAGUAUGAUGUGAUCACCACUUCCAGAUGUUGUUGUGGAUAUUCUUAUACUCAUCACUGCAGAGCUGGUAUAGAUGUUCAAAGUUACACUCCUAGUAAUACCAAAGAAGAAGAUCGAGAACAAUGGUCUCCUGGAAAAAAUACACGUCCAUUUCCUACUGAUGCAUAUGGUACCAUUGAAUUUCAAGGUGGACCUCAUCCAACUAAAGCUCAAUAUGUGAGACUUGCUUAUGACACAAGGCCAGAACCAAUAGUACAAUUGUUGUGUCGAGAAUGGAAUCUGGGAUUACCUAAGUUACUAAUAACUGUGCAUGGUGGUCGAUCUAAUUUCGAACUGCAGCCAACUUUGAAAAAAGUUCUAAGGAAAGGUUUGCUGAAGGCUGCAAAGACAACUGGUGCAUGGAUAUUCACAGGUGGAACUAAUACAGGUGUAACAAGACAAGUAGGAGAUGCCCUGCUAUUAGAACGAUCUCAAAGACAAGGUCGGGUUGUAAGUAUUGGCAUAGCACCAUGGGGAAUUUUAGACAAAAGUCAUGAACUUGUAGGCCGUGGAGGUGAAGUACCUUAUGAAUGUCUUUCCUCUCCAUGGUCUAAAUAUGCAGUUUUAAACAAUCGUCAUGCAUAUUUUUUAUUGGUGGAUAACGGUACCGGUGGUCGAUAUGGUGCAGAAAUUGUGCUGCGUAGAAGAUUGGAAAAAUAUAUUUCUAAUCUAAAAUUACAGCCAUACACACACAGCAGUAUUCCUGUUGUGGCAUUGGUAAUUGAAGGAGGAACAAAUACGAUUCGAUCAGUUUUAGAGUAUGUUACAGACGUUCCUCCUGUUCCUGUAGUAGUUUGCGAUGGAUCAGGUCGUGCAGCUGAUCUCAUCGCUUUUAUGCAUAAAUACGCGUCUGAAGGAGAUGGAGAGAAUGGAGAGAAUGAGGGACCAUUAGAAAGUAUGAGAGGACAUCUUUUAGAUACUAUCAAACGCACUUUCAAAGUAUCCUCUGAACAGGCAUCACAACUGUACUCUGAACUUUUGCAAUGUACCCGUAAGAAACAUUUGAUAACAGUAUUUAGAAUAAGUCAAGAGCGGCCACAGGAACUUGACCAAACGAUUCUGACAGCUCUGUUCAAGUCCAAGCAAUUAUCCCCUGCUGAGCAGCUAUCAUUAUCUUUAAUUUGGAAUAGAGUGGACAUAGCACGUUGUGAAAUAUUUGUGUAUGGUCAAAAUUGGCCAUCAGGUGCUCUAGAACAGGCAAUGAUGCAAGCUUUGCAACACGAUCGAAUUGACUUCGUGAAACUUCUCUUAGAAAAUGGAGUCUCUAUGCGUAAAUUCUUGUCUAUACCUCGCCUUGAGGAAUUGUACAAUACCAAAGAAGGCCCUUCGAACACACUGGGCUACAUUCUCCGCGACGUUCGACCAAAUAUUCCACGGGGUUACAUGUACACACUGCACGAUAUCGGCCUCGUAAUAAAUAAAUUAAUGGGUGGCGCGUAUCGGUCGCAGUACACACGCAGAAGAUUCCGUAUGAUCUAUACCAAAGUGAUGAAAAGAUCUGGGGCACAUCCUCAACAUAUGCAUCGAAAUAGCUGCGUCCUGGGUAGCACUAGUCGCUACUAUUCGGGAUCUGGUAGUAAACAAGAUAGCUUAACAAUGAGUUUGCUCGCUGAAACUUUACCAGCUAAUCGAGACACGCCGCUUUUUGAUUAUCCUUUCAAUGAGUUGCUUAUAUGGGCUGUGUUAACUAAACGACAGCAAAUGGCACUAUUAAUGUGGCAACACGGGGAAGAAGCUUUAGCAAAAGCACUCGUUGCUCUUAAAUUGUAUAAAGCCAUGGCGCACGAAGCUGCUGAGGAUGAUCUUGAAACGGAAGUUUAUGACGAAUUGCGGAGUUAUGGAAAAGAAUUUGAAAAUAUUGCUUUGGAAUUGUUAGAUUAUUGUUAUCGUCAAGAUGACGAUCAAACGAAACAACUAUUAACUUCUGAACUUCAAAAUUGGUCUGGUCAAACAUGUCUUUCAUUGGCUGUCACGGCUAAUCAUCGACCACUUUUAGCACACCCUUGUAGCCAAAUUAUUUUAGCUGAUUUAUGGAUGGGAGGUCUUCGUACGAGAAAGAAUACGAAUUUAAAGGUUGUACUUGGGUUAGUUUGUCCAUUUUAUAUAAUGUGUUUGGAAUUUAAAAGUCGCGAGGAAUUGCAACUGAUGCCACAAACUCAGGAAGAACAUUUGAUCUCUCUCGAAGAUGAGAAAGAAGAUAGUGAUUCAGAGCAUGGCAUACCAACAGGUCCAGAUGUUGAGAAACGUCAGCGCAGGAGCCUGAGCGUACGCAACAAAUCCAGCAGCCAACAAGGCGCUAAGUUAUCAUCAAGGAAAACUUCUAUUUAUUCAGUAUCGGAAUCCGUACCGGCUUUAAUCAGCAACGAACACACUACUGUCAUCAAGGAGACAAUUGUACAAGAGAAUGGUAAAGUACUGACAGAUAACGAUGAUGGAAUUCAUCGUACAUAUGGUAUAAACUCUGACUACUAUGACAUCAAGAACAGCAGGCCAUUGAGAUUGAGGAAAAAAUUGUAUGAAUUUUAUACAGCUCCCAUCACAAAAUUUUGGGCUAAUGCUAUAGCAUACAUUAUUUUCUUGGUUCUCUUCUCAUACUCCAUUCUCAUACAUAUGGAUGAUCGUCCAUCAUUAGCAGAGAUUUAUGCCAUUGCAUAUAUUUGUACAUUAGGAUGUGAAAAAGUACGAGAAAUAGCAACAUCCGAACCAGCUACUCUUUCACAUAAAUUUAGUGUUUGGGCAUGGAAUAUGUGGAAUCCUUGUGAUGCAGCUGCUAUUAUUUUUUUUCAAAUUGGUUUAGCUUUACGCUUAAGACACUCAACUCUCGAUAUUGGUCGUGUCAUCUAUUGCGUUGAUUCCAUUUAUUGGUACUUAAGGAUAUUGAACAUUCUUGGUGUAAAUAAGUACUUUGGUCCUUUAGUUACAAUGAUGGGAAAAAUGGUAAAAAAUAUGACAUACUUUGUGGUACUUUUAAUAGUGGUAUUAAUGAGUUUUGGAGUCACUCGACAGGCAAUUUUGAACCCUAAUGCUGAACCGAAAUUGAGGAUUAUUCGUGAUAUUUUUAUGGAACCAUAUUUUAUGUUAUAUGGAGAGGUGUAUGCCGACAACAUAGAUCCAGAUUGCGGAGACGAACCAGGAAUGAUUCCAUGUUUACCAGGCCGGUGGAUCACACCUACUGUAAUGUCCAUUUAUCUUUUAAUUGCAAACAUAUUGUUAAUAAAUCUUUUGAUUGCCGUAUUCAAUAAUAUUUUCAAUGAAGUAAACGCGGUGGCGCACCAAGUUUGGAUGUUCCAACGUUUUACUGUUGUUAUGGAGUAUGAACAGAAACCUGUUUUACCUCCUCCGCUCAUUGUAGUUUGUCAUAUAUAUCUGGUGGUGAAAUAUUUGCUGCGAUAUGUAACACAAGGGAAAGCAAACACUGGUGAAACCUACGACAAUGGACUGAAGUUGUUCUUAGAGGCAGACGACAUGGAGCGCCUCUACGAUUUUGAAGAGGAUUGCGUUGAAGGAUACUUCCGCGAGCAAGAGUUGAAACUGCAAAUGUCUACAGAGGAACGUGUUAAAAUUACCACAGAAAGGGUGGAGAAUAUGCAUUCGAAGAUCGAAGACAUUGACAAGAAAGAAAAUACUCAAAAUGCAUCUCUUCAAGCAGUGGAGUUUCGUAUGCGCAAAUUGGAAGAAUUAAAUGAACAGAUUUUGGCACACCUAGGAGUUAUCCACCGAUUCAUGGCUAUUCACAUGCCCAAUAUGGAGGGCUUAUCUAGUUUUGAUAUAGACGGUCGCCAGCGUAGGGUAUCAGAACGCUCAGAAGUUCUGUCAGAAACAGAUUCUCAUACCCAACUACCAGCCAUUGCGAUUAAACGUAAGAGAUUGGUCCGAUCGAUGACUGAUGGCACUUUCCUUAACCUAGGCCCAUCAAUAGAUGAUGAUGUGCUGAAACAUUCAGAAACUGCUAUAUCCCGUGAGAACCUCAGUAGGAACGAGUCUUCUAUAAGUGGAGAUGGACACACUGUUCAAGAUGACAUAAAGACAAUCACAAGCCAGGAAACUGAAGCGAGCAAAGUAGAUGGUGAAGGAGAGAUCCUAAAGAAGGAUUCGCAUUCUGACAGCAGAGAGCUAAGCAGAGAGCCAAGCAGAGAACCAAGUGGAGAGCCAAGUAGCAAAGAACCAAGUACGGAACCAAGUAGACAAACGAGUAGAGAAUUAAGUAGGGAAACAAGCAGAGAAGCUACAAGCAAAGAACCGAGCAGAGAAGCCAGCAGCGAAGCGCCAGCUUCGGAACCUAUUCCUAGGCAAGAUUCUACAGAACGACCUAUUAGACAAAAUAGUAGAACACGUUCAGAGUCAGAUGAUGUAACGAUUUUUCCACCAUCGAACAUAUCAAGAGGAGUAACGUGGGCUGAGCCACGUGUUGCAGUCAUUCCAUCGUCUUCAACAAGUAGUACGCAGAGGUCUAUCCUAUUAGCCAUGCAUGCCGAAUAUACAAGCAUAACGGAUGAGCUGGAGAGCUACUGUGGCCUUCUAAGUCCACCUCGAACACCGCCAAUUUCUCCACCACCUUCGAGAGCUAGAAACUUAUCAGAAAUGUCUAACCCUGAGAUGGCUUGGCAAAUUGAGAAUGAACAUCUACGUGAUGCUGAGGAGUGCGAUUACCAACAAAUGGAAGAUUUAAUACAGAGGAGGUACAUCGCAGAUGACGAGGAGCCUUUGCAUACUGAUGAAGCUACCUUCUUCAUAUCGAACGAACACAGGCAUCAACUUCGAAGAGCUUCUGCCAUCGAUGAAGAGUCUCGAAGGCCUCCACCUACAAUUUGCGUGACCAGGGAGAUCGAGCAAACGCUUUCAAGGCCACCGAUCCGGGACUCAGAAAGCUCAGAUCCUAACGACAAGAAUCUGAGUACGGUACCUGCUCCAGCGUCAGAGACCAUGUGCUAAAUAUCAGUGCACUCGCCUCGAGGUAAACUAACCUCAAUAUAUUUUAUGAAUCAUUUAGGAAUUGAGGUAAUUUAUCCUCAAUACACUUUCCAAAUUGAUCUGACUCAAUGAGACAAUGCAAGUCAAGGUUACUGUGAAAUAUGUAUUUUCAGUUGGUAUUAUUUUUCUAACUGUUUUUACAUUAAGAUAUAGAGAAUCAAAUGAAACAGUAUUUUUAAACAAAGAAUGUUUUAAAAUUGUAUACUUGAUAUUUUAUCGUAGCAAAUAAUUAUAACUAAAUGGAAUGCAUUUUUCUAAUUGUUUACUUAUAGUGCAAUGUAUUGUUGAGCUCAGAUCUGAAGAUCUUUUCUUAUAAUAUUUUAGCUGCAAUUUUUGUAAUUUUUUUUGCGUAAUUUCUUUUCAUAGUUUAAUCAUUUUUAGCCGUAAAGUACUUAGUAUAUUAUAUAUACAUAAUAAAUAUGCACAUGAAUACGUACAUAUAAAUAUUGAAGUUUUUAGCUCGUAUUUAUGCUUGCUCAUAUUAAAAUUAAUUCGAGUAUUCAAGUGCUACAUAUUAGAACUAGCAAUUUUUAAUCUACUUUAAUCCAUUUGCUUUUUAAGUAAUCAUUAAAUAUAUUAUAUACAAUUUUUUGAUCAUUUAUUCGUACAACACAUUUGUAUGCUCGAAAUGCUAAGAAAUCUACGUAUUUGAUAUAUAUGUUUAUGGUAAUUUAUUUAACAAUCAAUUUUAUAAGGCUUUCAAUGCUAAUAAACAAUAGAAAUUACGAUUUGUAUGUACAUUUAAUCUAAAUAGUUGUUGACAUGUUUCUUGCAAAUAUACAACUAGCAAAAUUUAAUCAAUUACUAUAAUUAAAUUAUUCAACAGUUAAUGCUGAAUUAACUUUUUUUUGGAAUAAUAUUUUUGAUUUUGUAGAAAGUGCUAAAUGCAUAUAUGCAGUUGCUACUGUUAAUAAUAUUAAUUACGAUAUUUAUGUGCAUAAUAAUUUAAGACAUACUUAACGUCAGAAUAUAUACAGUAAUUGAAUCAAUUUAUCAUAACACACGGCAGUUACUUCGAGUAUUCGAGAAAGAUAAUUCCUUCAGAUAAUUAGUGUACUUUAAUAACGACGAUUUAGGUACUUGAACUUCUUUAAUAUUAAUAAUAAUUGAAAUAUUCAAACUAGAUAAUUAAAUAAUCAUGUAGUUUGAAUAUUUAGAUGUCAGAAUAUUUUUUAAAUAUUAACUUUCAAAUACGACGUUCGUAAUUGUACUAUUCGUUGUACACUUCUUUGAAUAUUCCAAUUGCAAUAGUAUUAACAUUUAUAACCCUCGAACAACGGAUGACUGGGUCACAUAUAUUUUUUUUAGUGUCUAUUUGUGGCAUUAUUAUACACACAUUCUUAUAUUAAUAUGAGCAUUUAUAAUUAUAUUUUUGUUUUUUAAUUUUGUUCGAAGCUGUAAAAUCAUAAAAGUAUCAAAAGGUGAUGAAAAUUAUACCUUUUUUCCAUAACAAAAAUUAUGGUUAUUGCAUAUAAAACUAUUAAAAUUAAAUUAGGAUCCUGUUGCACAAUAAUUUACCAGUUACUGAUAUUAGUGAAUUAACAAGUUACAACAAUUUCUCAACAAAUAGAGCGAUCAAAUAGUUUUUAAUUUAUGUAAAAAAAUUGUCUAAUUCUAUAUUAGGGAAUUUAUUGAUAUUAGUAAAUUGUAACUUGUAAAACUUCACUAAUAAUAUCAGUUGGAUUGUGCAAGAAGUACCUGAUAAUGAAAAUUAGAAAAUCAAAUCUUGUCAUUGAAAAUACGUUUCUUCGUUUCGUUGAUGAGUCUUAGAUGCUACAAUCAUAGUUGAUUGAGGGUUAAAAUUCAUUAAAUUAAUUUCUUCUUGACGUAUAAAACGGUUCAAUAUAUAUAUACGUGCCUACUUCAAUGGGACUUCUAACGACUUUUUUAAACAAGAAUAUGUUCCGUGGAAGGUUGCGUUGCCGCCAUUUCUGUAAAUCAGGUAUAAUGUACUAUACAAAUGUUAUUCAAGUUCCUUCCAUUUUCUAUGUCAUGUAUUUUUCAAUUUUUUAUGCGCACAUACACACAAUUCGUUUGUUAUCGCAUAUUAUAGUAAUACGAAAGGAGUCGUUAUCGAAAACAUUAAUCUCCUCCCGUCCUUUAUCUUAGUCGAUGCAAUUAAUUUCGAUUUCUUCGGUUUUCUCGUUCUCCCGAAAGAAUUCUACUUCUAAGUAAAUACGAGAAACCCGUAUACACGAUGUUCUGAAAAAAGUGUCGUAUAAAAUACUUACUAGACUGAGGAUGCUUAUGCGAUUUUAGAUUUUUGUAAACAUAACUAAAGAAAGUGGAAUAUAAAUAGAAAUUUGUUUCAUGUACUAAAUAUUAUAAUAAAUACUCUACUUUGUACAUUUUAUGCGUUCUAUAGAUUUUGAAUUUUUACAUUUCUAAAAAAUGCAUAAGUAUCCGGAGUCUAAUAAUUACAAAUUACCAAAAUAACGUAGAAGAGCGAAAUAGAAUUUUCAUUAAAGAACGAAAGAAUUUUCGAGCGAAGAAUAUUAUAUUUUUAUUUUUAAUACCAUGAAGAUAUAAAAAAAAUAUCUGAUGAACUUAUGUAUAACUAUGCAGUGACCUUUGAACAAUUUAAUGUCUAGAAAAGAUUAAAGUUGAAGAUCGAUAUAUUUGUAACUAAUUAUUUAUAAACCAUGUUUGUAAUUUAUACGACCAAUCGAUCAAAAAUCAUUGCGCGUGGACUUGUUUCAUGCGGUACCAUUGGCAACGAAUAUAUAAAGUGACCUUGAGAAAUUAAAUCAAAUAGAUUUCUUCUUUUACAUUUCAUGGUAUUCUGAGAUAAAAGUAUAUUAUUCUAUUUGGACAACGUAAGAGAAAAAGUGAUAAAAAAUAAUUAUUUUAGACGACACUUAUUUUGAUACACUCUGUAUAUACACGUAAAUAUUAUACAUAUGUCGACAUAACGAAAUCAAACGUUAUUUUAACAAUGAUAAACUGUAAAAAAAUCAAUAAUGCAGUUUCACCUAGUUUUCACAAUUAAUCUUUUUUUUUUCUUUUUUUCUUUAAGAGAAAACAUUUUGCAUUUUUUUACUAACAUUACUUUAGAAUAUCAUUAGUAUCGACGAGAAUAUCGUUAGAAUAAAGAAUGAAAGAAAAGAAUUAUCUGUUGUAAAUAUAUUGGGAGAGAAAAAAAUUCGAUGCCAAUUUGUGUUCAGGGAUUCAGUGAAAAAAUUAGGUGAAACUCGAUUAUCGAAAUUUUCGAAGUACAUACAUACACACAUGUAUAGUGGUGCUGAUACAUUAUUUAAUGAACACCAGAAUCAACAUUUUUCAAGGUCGUGUUUGCAAGACCAGAAUGUACAACUAGAACAUACACCGAAAGGGAUCGAAAACCGGCGUGUGCUUAAUCAAAUAUUAGAUACUUACAAUUAGUAUAAAAAUAAAUCCUAUACAGUACUGCCUUAUAACGAGUUAGUUGAAAUUAAAUCUGGCCAGUUAGCAAAGGAGAGUUUAUUCCAGGAAUUUUAUUCUUUGGCUAAGAGAAAUGGAUAGAAUGAUAUAAUAACAUUCAAUAUUUAGAUUGAUUUCAGAGUUUGUAGAUAGUUUAUAUAAAAGUGAUAACGACAGUCAGUUACCAAGACGUACCACUUUGACCGGUUAAAAUGGCAGUACUGUAAGUUACAGAUCUAUAGAGAAAACUGUACUGGCUUUAGAUGCGAUUUCGUUUCGAUAAACCACUAUCCGAGAUAUUAUUUCGGAUCCGAUAACGAGAUCGACUUUUAAUGUAAAUAAUUUCCCCAAAAUUUCCCCAAUCACAUGUAAAUGUGUAAUAUUCAGCUUUAUUAUCUUUUAGACACGUGCGAAUUGCGAAACUAAAGCAAGUCGAAUCGUUUAACUGUAGUGCUUAACAAAAAUAUUACAGUUACAUUUAGCCUAUUAUUGUGGAGGUGUUUUUUCCUUAAUUACCGUACUACGAGAAAUGAUCUUUUCGUAAAAACAAAGUUUGUUCGUAUGGAGCUCUGUUGCUCCGUUCUCGAGAAAAUCGAGGUUGAAUAUUCGUUAAGUACGCGUGCACUUAACUAGCCCCAAUCUCCUUAGUUUAUCAGAUCUAACUAACUACCGCUACUUUUAUUUAUGUUUAUAAAUAGUAUUAGUCGAGGUCUGAUAUAAUUAUAAACAAUGUAAUUAGUAUCUUUGACUUUUAAUUGUUUACGAAUUUCUAGAAGCGUCGCACUUCGUGCAGCAUAUAGAUUCUUGCUCGGCGUAUUAAAGAAGCGUGAACCGAUGAUAAUGUGUUAAUCAUUUUACACUAUAUGAAAAUAUUUUACAUAUAAAUUAUUUUCACUGCAGAAGAGGAAACUCUAAGGUUUGGUAUAGAUGAACGGUUUGCGAGAACGUCAGCGGCGUGACACUCUGUUGCUGCGUUUUAGAAUAGCAUAGAUUUAUAUGAAGUAGUUUACACGGGAACGCAAAACGUGGCGGCAAAUUAACGCAAAAAUUGGACGCAUAAACGUAGUAGGAAAUUACCACGGCGGUUACGCUAUCGCAAAUCGCUCGUCUGCCUAAAUGGAAUGUUAUGCGGCUCGUACCGAUCUAUAUACGUUCACAAUUUUCGCAUAGCUGCGUAUGAUAAAUGUACUAUAAACGCGAGAUGUUAUGAAAUGAUUCGCACGUGUCUAUCAUCAUUACUGCCGAAAAGUUUUUAUGAAUUUUUUGAAUGUACAUUUAGGGCCUUAUCACGCACUACCUGCUGCGUCGAACACAAAAUUUACGGACCAUUUAAAACCAAGAAAAAGAAACAACAAAAGUAAAAAAAAAGUAAUAUGAAUAAACAAAGCGAACCAUAUCACGCGGAUAAUUACGUUCCUAAGAACGAAAGCCAAUCCGUGUUAGUAUGUACGGUAUGCAGAUGAUAAGCGAAAAUUCGUUUGAUAUUUAUCAUCUAACGUAAAAGUAACAAAAAAAAAAAAAAGACAUAAACGAUAAACAAACGAAUAUGCCUAAUUGUAUAAAAAUUGUGUAUAGUUCGUAAACAUUUUAAGAUGAGAACAGAGCGAGAGUACGAGGCAAAUUUAAGACUGUAUCACAAGGAAAUAGUAUGUUUACUUAUUUUAUUCUAGAAUCAGUAAAUAGACGAGCGUGCGAUGAAUUGUUAAUACAAAUCCGACAUAAGUAGCGAUGCAAUGUCUGUAUUCAGAAAUGUUAGAUGUAUUGUUAAAUUCGAGGUAUUUUUUGGAAAAAUAUGAUCUUUGAUUGAAAAAUCGAAUUUAACGAUACGAUCACACUAACUAAUUUUAAUUAAAAGUAAUAGAUUUGUAUCUAUUUAUACCUCGAAUUCAUGUUACUUUUAUUAUACUGGUAGAACGAUGGAGCUUAACCUUAGAAUUAAAAGAUUAACCUCCAUAAAAACUAUCUAUUUCCGCAUAAUAAUAACAUUUUUCGUUAUUGAUAGUAUUAUUAUUGUUGUAUAUGUUAAAUUAUUGAUUCAGACAAGAAUUAACCAAUUGAGUUUUUCGACAUUGCCCAAAGAAUCAAAGUGACAUCCGCGAAAAGGAAAGAUUUGUGAAAUAAAACGAGAAGGUGCUAUCGUGUAAAUCGAGCCUUACGUAAUUGGAAUUAAGCAACGAACACGCUUGCGAUUUAUCGUCGAUAAACGUAUUGUAUAGUAUUUCCAUAAGAAGCUUCGUUACAGGUAUAAUCAUUCGAUAAAUACCGAAUCGCUCAAAAAAUGCUUUCGAAGACAUCUCUUCCCUUCCAUUCUAUCUUCCGUAGUAGACUAUUUCAAGCUAACAUUAGUUCUGCUAUCAAAUUGUUUCUCGACAGCUUUUAAGAUUUUAUCAAUAAGAAAUCGAUACGAUCAAUGAAUCGAAUAGCGGAAGAAAUAAAGUGAGGAUAGAUUGGUGCUUUGUUAAUUAUGCAGUUUAAAGUUUCUAAACUGCAUAAUUUAUACAGUCAUUAUCUAAAUAUCUUAAACACGAAGUUCAUUUUGUUUUGCUCCCCAUUUAAGGCGGGAUGUUCUAGGUGUGCUUAAUGCGCGCAUCUGCGCCAAGAGCAGUCAAAUUCGAAUCACAUGAUAAAUCAGAUACUGCGAAAACAAAAGCAUACUUUUUCAUUGUAAAGGUACAAAUGUGCCCGACGGAUGUCGGCUGCGAUAUCGCAGCGAGAUAGCGUUGCUUGUGUGACUUGGGUUUAAGACUGCUUUUGACACAGGACACGUACGUACAUUGGACGCACAAAGGAAUUCUCGCCUUUAAGCGGUGCUGUGUGUUAAUACAAAAAACGCGUCCGUGGCAGUCCGUGUACAAAUAAAAAGUUUAGUGUCGGUUCCCAGGAACAAAAUGACAAAAAUGACGCGUUUAACGCGUUAAUGGAAGACCUGAAAUGAGUUGUAAUUUUGAAUAGUACAAAAUUAACGAAAGUAAAUGUAAGUUUGUGACGAGUGUGAAAAAAGUAAAAGUUGAAUGGCUUUUCCUUACGCACCGUUAUCGAAUAAAUUUUGGACACCUCGCUAUAUUUCCUUUAAUUAAUAGUUUAUCCAGCAUCUAAAUCGCCGUGCUUUAGAUUGUGAUAUCCAUUAGGUUUUACCUGUAAGUUCAUAUGGUACAAAAUCAAGUUUGCUCAACAUAUCUUAUGCAUCAUACGUAGGACAUGUGCAAGUUGACUUGUGCUUUAAAUCAAUUUUUUUCCUUUCAUGCUAGAGAUAAAAUAAAGAAUACAUGGAAGCAUGGGAAUUAUUUUAAUCUUAUUUGUUUCAUUUCCUUUAACAUCCUAAAUUCGAUUUGUAGUUUGAUGAAAAUUUUAAUAAAGCUGCUUUUGUAUUUUUAUUUCAUGUUAUGAAAAUACAAAUUGCUCACACAUGUCCGUCAAAAUUACGUGAUUAACGCAGAAAGCACAUUAUAUCAUGUUCGUAAGUAAAUGCGUGAUAUUUCAUUGUCACAGUAUAUAUUAUUCUUUUGUGCACUACUCAAAACAAUUACAAAUCAUUCAAUAAACUCAUUAUGUCGUUGAUACAUACGCAUGCUCAAAAUCUCUUUAACUGGUUAACCCAUAUAAGCAAUAAAAUCAAAAUAUUAGUCAAAAUAUCCUAUCGAGAAAGUGAUCAAUAAGUAGAAUAUAUGUAGUAUAUUAUUAAUCAACGAAAGAAUAUAUAUACAUACACAUUUAUUGCAAAAUAUAAAAGAUAUAACUAUAUGUAUGUAAUCAAUAUAUACUUAUUUUUUCUUGGAUGCAUUAUAUGUACCUUUACGAAAUUUGAAUGCAAUAAUUUCCUCAUUUACAAAGUUCUAACCUUACGUAAUUGUUUUGAGUAGUGUGUCUAUUUCAUUAAAAAGAAGAAUAAGUCUCACCGCCUAUAAAAGGAUUAACAUGUUUCGUGCACGAACACAAAACUCGAAAACGAGAUUUGAAAAAUGGAAAAACGUUUGAUGUAAAGAAUAUGAUAUUUUUAGGAUAGUUGAUAUAUCGUUCAACAAUGUUCCUCCGCUUCGUUACCUUUGUACGAUAUUAAUGAUAACGAUUUCGUAUAAAUAUGUACAGACAAAGACGAUUAAAGGUAAUGAACACGCAAAAUAAAAUACCACACAGAGACAGACGAUCGGAAAUGCCCUACUGCGUUUUAUGUUCAAUCGAGAACUGUAUCAUUUUGUGUUUUUAAUCCUUGAGAGAGGUAAAUGAAUGGACUAUUGGAAUGUUGUGUAAAGCGAAACAAUAAUCAGACAAUAAAAAACAAUCACCUGUGAAGGGAAACGUCGCGUUACAAAUUUGAAGAUUUUGCUCAUCUUCAUUGAUCUGAAUCAAAAAAAUAAAAAACAAAAAGAAACCUUCAAACUUCUUGCGUCUUCUUGCGAUAUGUCGUCCCUUUGAAGUUAUCUUGUUAAUUCGGUCAAUGUUCAUAAAGACGGAUUCUCACCGACGAACACUACACGAACACUGUCAAUCACUUGUAAUUACAAAAUUAUAAAUGAUUCAAACUAUAUCAUAUUUGAUCUUAUUUUAAUUAGACAAAUGUUAUGAAUAAGGCGUGAAUUUGUUAAGUCGUUGCUCUAGUUCUUAUUUACAGCUAAAAGUUUUAUUUAGACUUUAUAUUUCAUGUAGUUUUAUAUAAUCGUAUAGAGUUAGAAUUUAAGAGAACUGAAUAUUUGUUAUUUGCUAAGUAGAAUUUUCAUCAUAUUCUCAUGAAUUUGUAUUCUUUAUACCGAUGAGACAUAUGUGCAUUAGCUAAUUACGUUCUUUAGAAAAAUGGGGUUAGGACAGUUAAGAACUAGGACAACGAAGUGUUUACAAGAAGAUUGCGUAAUGGUUAUGAAAUAUCUGGGAACGAUAUUCGUGAGAUGUUAGCCGGUGUGGAUGUCACUUUCAACUUCUCACCGCGAACACAGGAUUUCUAUUUCCACAUUUUUCGACUUCAAGUUCGAGUUUGUAUUUUCUCUUGAUAUGCAAAGAGUCCCAUAUUGUUCGCGAACGCUGGUGGAGACGCACUUUAACGCGAUCGUUUUCCUGUAAUGCUGUUACAAUCACUAGUCGUCAAGAGUAAUCGUAUUCGACAAGGAUUAAAAUCACAAACACGAGAAACUGUCUGUUACACUUUUCGACCUGUAUAUAUUGUCUGUACCGAUAUUGUAAAUACACUCGUUUGUUCACCUACACAAUCAAUUGUAUACAUAUACUGAUGCAAUGUAAUUAACAGAAGAGGUCUUGAACUGUUCGUUGUUCCACGACACAGCUGAACACGCGUACAUUGAUCUUUUUUUGCUCGAUCUUUUGAUCACAGAAAUGCUGAAUGAUUGCAGUGGACAUUUCAAAAUUUUGUUCGGUAAGGAACAAUCUAAUAUUUUUUAACAUAAAUAUUGUUAGAUUCAAGAAGAGAUUGAAUUUCUUCUCUUUCUUAUUUAUUUGUAUUACAUUAAAUUUUUAUAAAAGACAUCUAUGUCUUUUGGGAUAUUUUGUUAAACAUUUUCAACGUUGAAAUUCUUUUUUAAUUAAGAUAAUGGGACAAUUGACCUUUGGGUAUUGUAAUUUCUUUCUUUCGAAAUAUAUAAUUGUGUAUUUGCAAUCGUUCAACAUUAAUGAAUAAAAUUUUUGUAUUGCUUACCAAAAAAUGUUCUGAUUGACUAUAUAUCAUUGUAUUGUCAAUUACAGUUUAUAAGAUACUUUGUAGCAAUUUUUAUCUCCUAAAUGGAUUCAAUCUAUUCCGUCUUUUUACACAUUCAGCACGCUUAUUAUUGUACAUGUAUAUUAUAACGAUUCUCGAGUCUGGUUGAUCUAAAAGGAAACGCCGUAUCAAAUUAGGCUAAUUUGCUUACUCGCGAUAUAUUGCUGUAAAUUCGAAUCUCAAUCUGUAUUGAUUGGAAUGGUUAAGAGAAAGCAAUCGACUGUAAUAAUAAAAAAAAAGUACACAAAUAAACAAAUAUAUAUACCCUUGUAGUCCGGUAUAAAAACAAAUUGAUUAAAAUAUAUAUAACUGAUCUCGA